AUGUGGCAACGACGUCUUCAACAACUUCUCACAACUGAAGAGUUAGGGGACCGCAAGCCAUCUCAAUUGCUAAGAUUGAUGCGGCGACUUCUCGGAGAUCGGGCAGCUUCCUUCGACGACACCAUACUGCGAGAACUCUUUCUGCAACGAAUCCCGAGAAACGCGCGCACGAUUUUGGCGACGUCCAGCGACAUUUCUUUGGAUUGCUUAGCCGAGCUCGCGGACAAAAUUUUGGAUAUUGCUGUACCUUCUGUGGCCACUACCGCACUGGUUCCAGUCAGCCCUCAAACUCAAAUAUGCUGGUACCAUCGCAAGUUUGGUAACUACGCACGCCAGUGCCAGAACCCGUGC